AUGCCUGCGUCUCUGAAAGUUUCCAAUAGCUCAAAAUCUCAGGUGUCUGAGUUCAUUCUGCUGGGAUUCCCAGGCAUCCACAGCUGGCAGCACUGGCUUUCUGUUCCACUGGCUCUGCUCUAUCUCUCAGCAAUUGGUGCGAAUAUCCUCAUCCUCAUCACCAUCUUCCAGGACCCUUCUCUGAAGCAGCCAAUGUACCUUUUCCUGGGUAUCCUUUCUGUAGUGGACAUGGGGCUGGCCACUACCAUCAUGCCAAAGAUCCUGGCCAUUUUCUGGUUCAAUGCCAAGGUCAUUAGUCUCCUUGAGUGUUUUGCUCAGAUUUAUACCAUUCACUGUUUUGUUGGAAUGGAAUCUGGUAUCUUCCUCUGCAUGGCUUUUGACAGAUAUGUAGCUAUUUGUCACCCUCUUCGCUAUGCAUCAAUUGUAUCCAACUCCUUCAUCUUAAAAGCCACCUUGUUUAUGGUGCUUAGAAAUGGUUUGCUUGUCAUUCCAGUGCCUGUGCUUGCAGCCCAGCGUAAUUAUUGUUCCAGGAAUGAAAUUGAACAUUGCUUGUGUUCUAACCUUGGGGUCACCAGCCUGGCCUGUGAUGAUAGGAGAGCAAAUAGCAUUUGCCAAUUGGUUUUGGCAUGGGUUGGAAUGGGGAGUGAUCUGGGUCUUAUUAUGUUGUCAUAUGCCUUGAUUCUGCGCUCUGUACUUAGAUUGAACUCGCCUGAAGCUGCAUCCAAGGCUCUGAGCACUUGUAGCUCCCAUCUUAUCCUCAUUCUCUUCUUCUACACAGUUGUAGUAGUGAUUUCAAUAACCCACCUCUCAGAGACAAAGGCUGCAUUGAUUCCAGUUCUGCUCAAUGUACUGCACAACGUCAUCCCUCCUUCCCUCAAUCCUAUGGUUUAUGCACUUAGGACCAAAGAGCUUCGGGAAGCUUUCUGGAGGUUGUUUUGCUUGGGUUUUCAAAAGAAACCUUCAACACGAGGCACAUGA